AUGGGUGACACCUCUGCUGGCAGGUAAGGAAGAUGGAUGAAUGAAUCGGCAAAGGGAACCGCGCUCCCUUAACCUCCGGCUGCUCGGAGAGGGACUCGCCAGGAUUUACCGUGGGAUAUUGGUGGCUUUGGGAGCCCUGCGCUCAGCCAAGGAGUCGCCUUCAGCCCCUGGAGACCCGGGGGCUGCCUCCGCCGGCCCACCGAAGCAGUUUUCCAGCCGCCAUGGAAGCUGUCCUGCUCCUGCGGAUCCCGAGAGGACGAGCACCCACAUGAUCUCGGCGGAUGAUGCCGAAUACCCGCGGGAAUACCGGACCUUGGGCAAUGGCACCCGGCGCUUCUCCAAUGUAGGGCUGGUGCACACCUCGGAGCGCCGGCACACCGUCAUCGCUGCCCAGAGCCUGGAGGCCCUCACCGGCCUCCAGAAGUCAGAGAUGGAGCGCAAGCGGGAUGCAUUCAUGGACCACCUGAAGAACAAGUACCCACAGCACGCACUGGCGCUCCGGGGGCAGCAGGAGCGUAUGCGGGACCAGCAACCCAACUACUGGAGCUUUAAGACAAGGAGCUCCCGGCACUCCCAGAGCUCCCAGCCUGGCUUGGCCGAUCAAGCCAAACUCUCCUUCGCCUCGGCCGAAUCCCUGGAAACCAUGUCGGAAGCGGAGCUGCCCCUGGGGUUCAACAGGAUGAACCGGUUCCGGCAGAGCUUGCCCUUGUCCCGCUCCACCAGCCAGACAAAGCUGCGAUCACCAGGGGUCCUUUUCCUGCAGUUUGGGGACGAGACGAGGCGCGUCCACAUCACCCACGAGAUCAGCAGCAUGGACACCCUGCACGCCCUCAUUGUCCACAUGUUCCCCCAGAAGCUCACCAUGGGGAUGCUGAAGUCUCCCAACACAGCCAUCCUCAUCAAGGACGAGUCGCGCAACGUCUUCUACGAGCUGGAGGAUGUCCGUGACAUCCAGGACAGAAGUAUCAUUAAGAUCUAUCGGAAAGAGCCUCUCUAUGCUUCGUUCCCAGCCUCACACAUCACCAACGGUGACUUGAGGCGGGAGAUGGUGUACACCUCCAGGGAAUCAUCUCCCACCCGCCGGCUCAACAACAUGUCCCCGGCUUCCCACCUCACCUCGGGCUCCCCUCCGCCGGUGCUCCAGUCCUCCUCUCCAUCCCGCUCCCGCAUGUCCUACAGCGGCGGCCGCCCGCCCUCCUACGCCGGCAGCCCCGUCCAUCACAGCGAGCGUCUCUCCAACCUGCCACCGGCCCAGGGCGUCUCACCCAGCCCCAGCGCCAUCCUGGAGCGCCGGGAUGUGAAACCGGACGAGGACUUAGCCGGGAAGAAUGUGGUGCUGAUGAAGAACGAAGGGCUGUACGCUGAUCCCUACGGCAUGGUGCACGAGGGCCGGCUCAGCAUCACCUCCACGCAGUCGUUGGCUGGCAUGGGAGACCCUUUUGGCUACUCAGGGGGGCUGUACAAGCGCGGCUCCGUCCGUUCCCUCAGCACCUACUCAGCGGCCGCCCUGCAGACGGAGCUGGAGGACAACCUCUACAAGCCCAAUGCACCCAUGUACGGCGACACGUACGGACCCGGCCUGGGUUUCCGUAUGCCCCCGUCCUCCCCGCAGAAGAUGGCUGAUGGGCGGCUGGUGGAUGUGCAGCCGGGGCAGAGCCCGCACAGCCCCUACUCGGGACCCCCCAGCCGCUCCUCGCCUGUCCGUCAGUCCUUCCGCAAGGAUUCCUGCUCCUCUGUCUUCAUGGAGAGCCCUGUCAACAAGCCACGUAACCCCAGCUCCUCCGGCCCUCCGGAGCUGUUUCCUGGCCCUGGGGAUCGCCCGCUUUCAGGGUUUGGCUCCCCUGGACCAGCUAAAGACACGGAAACAAGGGAGCGGAUGGAAGCGAUGGAGAAGCAGAUCGCCAGCCUGACAGGGCUGGUGCAGAGCGCGCUGCUCCGCGGCUCCGAGGCUGAGACCCCCAGUGAGAAGACAGAAGCCACCAAUGGCGGGACCCCCCCAUCAGCGUCGACCAGCCGCAGCAGCAUGGGGACACCGGUGCCCGCACCACCGCCACCCUCCGCCACCAGCACACCCGCGGGGCAGCCCACUGCCAUCACCCGCUUGCACAUGCAGCUGCACCUCCACGACCUGCAGCAGAACGCCAGCGACCUCCGCAACCAGCUGCAGCAGCUCAAGAAGCUGCAGCUGCAGAACCAGGAGAUGGUGAAGACGAUGCUGCGGCGGACGGAGACGGAGAUCAGCGUGCGGGUGACGGACACCAUGCGCAAGCACGAGGACCCGCUGCAGCGCCAGCGCAGCUUGGUGGAAGAGGAACGGCUCCGCUACCUCAACGAGGAGGAGCUCAUCACCCAGCAGCUCAAUGACCUGGAGAAGUGUGUGGAGAAGAUCCAGAAGGAUUUGGCCCACAACCACCGGCUCAUCCCUGUGCAGGAGCUGGAGGAGAAGGCAGUGGUGCUCAAGCAGCUGGGGGAGACGCUGACAGACCUGAAGGCCCAGUUCCCCAGCCUGCAGAGCAAGAUGCGGGUGGUGCUGCGGGUGGAGGUGGAAGCUGUCAAGUUCCUCAAGGAGGAGCCGAACCGCCUCGAUGGGCUGCUCAAGCGCUGCAAGACGGUGACGGACACCCUCGCCCAGAUCCGUAGGCAAGUGGAUGAGGGCGUGUGGACGUCCCCCAGCAACCUCAGCCAGUCCCCUAAGAAGGUGGCCCCCGAGACAGACUUCAGCAAAGGGCUGGAUUUGGAGAUGCCCACGAGCCCCCCGGUGAGCCUCCACCAUCUGACAGCGGCCACCGAGACCCUGGGCAUGCCCAGCUUCGGGCACAGCCCCCCCCAAACCCAAACCCAUCCCUCCAAGAGUAACAACCCUUCCCGAGCUCCGGAGAUGGUGCCAGCCAAGACCCAGACGGGCCCCGAGACCCCCAGCAAGAAAAGUGCUGACAAAGCUGUAUCCGUGGAGGCUGCCGAGCGGGACUGGGAGGAGAAGCGGGCAGCGCUGACCCAGUACAGCGCCAAGGACAUCAACCGCCUCCUGGAGGAGACCCAAGCCGAGCUGAUGAAGGCUAUUCCCGACCUGGAAUUCGCUGCCAAGCACAAGCAAGCCACAGGCAGCGGCAGCACCGCAUCCACCCCCGAGCACAAACCCUCCAAGCCGCAGCAUACACCGAAAUCGGGGGGCAAAGGAGACCCCAACGGCCGCAGGGGCUCAGACGAACUGACGGUGCCGCGGUACCGGACCGAGAAACCUUCCAAAUCGCCACCGCCUCCCCCUCCACGCCGGAGCUUCCCCUCGUCCCACGGGCUGACCACAACCCGCAGCGGCGAAGUCAUCGUCACCAGCAAGAAAGAGCCCGGGUUUAUAAAGAAGGCCGAAUCAGAGGAGCUGGAAACCCAGAAGCCGCAGGUGAAGCUGAGACGGACGGUGUCGGAGGUGGUGAGACCUGCGUCCACCCCUCCCAUCAUCGCCUCUGCCAUCAAAGACGACGACGACGAGGACCGCAUCAUUGCGGAGCUGGAGGUCUUUCAGAGAAGCUCUGCCUCCCCUUUCCUCCCCAAGCUCCGUUACGAUGCUGCCGUCUCCCCUGGGCACGCAGACUUGUGGCCCAACGGAGCCUCCAUUGAAGGAUGGAAGGAGCCGGGGAGCAGGGCCUUCUCGCUCCCACAGAUCGUGCUCACCCAAUGCGUGUCUGAACCACCGUCCCCCGAAGCCGAAGCCGAGGUUUGGGUGGCAACAGGCUGCUCGGAGCACAGGGACCCGGCUGGCCCUGCAGGAACAGGAGGGGUGGGAAGCAAAUGCCACGUGUCUCCUGGCAUCUCCGGUCCUGGGGACCCUCCAGGCUCAGCCCUGCAGCCCCUGAGCAGCCCAUCCAAGUCCAUCCAAGCCCAUCCCAUGGAUGGAGCAGGAGAGGCUCGGAGGUUCCCCCUAGCAGCCAGCAAGAUCCUGCCUUUCUCAAGGCAUAAAAUGAGCUGCCCCAUGGUGGGAGAAGGAGGAGAUGUUGCUCUGAAUGCCUCCAGCACGCAAGAAGGCAGCAGCAAGACGUCAUACAGAGGUUCUUUGGCUGCACAUCCCCAGGGAGAAGCCAUGGGUCCUGGAGCUGGAGAAGCAGCUCUCCCCUCCACCAGUGCAUGCAUCAGAAGGCCCGGUGCUGUCCCCCAACAUCCCAGUGAUGGGAACCCCCAAGUUGGAGCUGGGCAAAGCAAACAGGGGACCUCAUUCCCUCCUGGAGGCUCUGCAUGGAGGGAGGAUGGCGCACCAGCCCCGGCCUGCCCAGUGCCACAUCCUGGAGCUUCCCCAAGCAGGGAUCCAGCCCCAUGGGGAAGUGGACAGUCCCAGGCUGAGCACCCCAAGGAGCCUUUCUCAAGGCCAAGCCAUGUCACAGCAUCGCCGGGCCGGGGUGGCACAGAGGAUGCCGGGGUUGGGAGGAAGGCAGCAGAGGGGCUCUGCAAAGGGCAGUUGUCCCCUCGCUGCUCCAUGACUCCGUGCAGCAAGGAGAUUUAUGAAGGCACGUACCAGAGACUGGAUAGCCUGGAAGAAACCAUCCGUGAGCUGGAAAUAACCAUCAGUGAGAUCAGCAGCCACCCCGCGGUUGAAUUUGUAUUCCCUAAAGAACUGCUCAGACCAGCGGGAUCCAAGGAUGCUGGUGAGGAGACCAAGGAAGGUCUGGGGGAUCUCAAACACAGUAGCUGUGAUGAUGGGACUAUCCUGGACCUCAGUCAGGCCAGAGAUGAUGCUCCUGGGAGCCUGUCUCCAAGCAAGACCAAGCCACAUCUGCUACCCAAGCCACAGAGCGGUGGCGUCUCCAUCCCAGCCAUGAAGGUGGUGAACCCGGCGUCGCGGCUGAAGCAGAGCCAGCAGGGCAGCCCCGACAAAAGCAAGCACAUAAAGCAGCGCAUGGAGUACAUGCGGAUCCAGGGCCAGCAGCAGGCCGCUAGACCAUCUAAAGAGGCUAGUGAGACUUCCCCCACGGUCUCAGAAAAACCCGCAUCUGGCAGAACAUCCAUCCCCGUAUUGACUUCCUUUGGGGCAAGGAACUCCUCCAUCUCAUUCUGAGCAUCCUUGCCAGCUCUACCCAACUGCUCUCCUGCUCCUGGGGCCGGGCUUCUCUCUUCCUUGGGCUCCUCCUCCCUGGGACUUGUCUUCUUGAGGCACCUGGAGGGAUUCACCACCCGUCCCUCCUCUUUCUGUUUUAUAUCAAUGUCUUUGCUCCAAUGUGGCCGACCUCGUGUCUCGCCUCUGCUCCGCCUCGGCCCAACUUGUGUCUCGCCUCUGCUCCGCCUCGGCCCGACUUCUGUCUCCCAUCUCGCUCCGCAAUGGCCAACCAGCCACUUUCUGUUUCUCUUUCUCUCUUUCUCCUCCCUUUUCCUUUCCUUUUCCCUUUUCCUUUCGGUUCCUUUGGGUUGCUGUUGGUUUGGUUUUUCUCUCCCCCCCUCCUCCCCUCCCUUCCCCUCCCUACCGUUUUCUAUUUAUUUAAGAGCUCUCAGAGCUUCACUCCACCAGUUUCACCAGCUUCAAGCAAGGAGGACACCGGGCAGCACCCAACCCUGCUGCCCAUGCGAGCAGCACCCAUUCCACCACGGAAAGGUGGGAAACAGCUGCCGAAGACACCCCUCGAUCCGACUGCUCGCUCCCGGCCAUCACCGAGCAUCCCGGCAGCCGCGACGCCGAGCCACCGGGAUGAGAGGAUGCUCGGAGCUCCGGCCAGGUCUUGGCGAUGGGUGGCGGGUGAUGCGGCGGCCGCGCCGUGUCCUUCACCGGUGCCAUCCCGAGGGGGUGUCGGCGCCACCGGUUGCGCCCCGGCCGCCAGCCCUGGCUCUCCCCGGGGACGGGGGGUGGUCAGAGGGCUGGGGAAGGAGCCGGGAGCAGCACCAAGGGGUGCCCGGACGUGCCGGAGAAGCCGGAGGCUGAGGAUGUGAAAAGGGGAAGGGGCAGGAACGGGUCCAGUCGAGCUGCCAUCGCCUUCGGGUCGCAACGUAGCACUUUAAAUGGUCACUUGGGUGGGCACGAUGUGAUGCUCAGGGGGUGCGGACACCCCUCGCUGAGCACCAACACCCCUGGGGACAAGCAGGUCCCCAGAACCCCCUGCAUGGGGACCCCACAUGGUCCUUCCUUGGGGAGCAGCCCCAUUCCCAAGCCUGGGGAUGGUCCCCUUGCCCGUGUCCCCCCCCCGUUAGCACAGUGAGCUGGGUGUGCACUGGGUGUGCAACACGAGAUCGAAUCACUCCUUUCGUUGGCCAGUUUGUCCUUGGGUUGGUUUCUUUUAUUAAUAUUAUUUAUUAGUGUUAUUACUUUUCUUCUUCCCCCUCCCCCUCUUUUUUUUGUAUAUCGAUCAUUUUUGUACAGAACAAGCCUUUUUUGAAUAACAAAGAGAAGAAAAAAAGAGACAAAAAAAGACAAAAAAAAAGAAUCAUGAUGCAAUUUCUUUGGAUUGCAAAAAGCAACUCUUUACAUUUAAGUGAAGUGUCUUAACAUUUUAUAUUGUUUUAAGAAAUAUAUUUACAUAUUAUAUAUAUAAUAUACGUAAUAUAAAUAGAUAUAUAUAAAUAUUUAAAAAAAAAAAGAAAAAGAGAAAAGAAAAGAAAUAAAUCUCGUCCCGUCUGGUAUCUUAGGGGGUGGAUUUGCUUCCCUGUUAGCCUAUAGCUCCUUGUGAUUUUGAGAGGGUCGGUUCCUAGAGGCUUGUGAGCCCUCGUGCUGAGUCCUCAUUCUCCAUCCAGCACCUUCCUUGUCCUGUCCCCAUCCCCAUCCCUUGCCGGAGCAGGGGGUGGAAGGGGCUGGGUGCCCCCGGGGACACUGGCACCCAUGGGUGAUGGCCCCGGGGACGCUGGCACCCACCUCCCUGCAGCAAUAGCAGUCACUUGAUGUGUGUUAUUUCCUUUUAAAUGAUUUUUUCUUGGUACCAAAGUGAAAUACUGUAGCAAAGCCGCAGCUUCUUAUGGCCAGGAUGGGGUCCCCCCCACCCCUUCUCGCACAGCCCCAUCCCACCCUGACCCACCACCCAUCCCAGUGCUCCUGUGAGUCCAUCCUGCCAGCACCCAUGGAGGAGGACUCCCAGGCAGCACUCUGUGUCCUGGGACCUGAUGUCUCUGUUUGUCCUGGGGGGAACAAGUGCCACCAGCCCCCAGUGACACAGACAUGUGGGUGCAAAGUGGUCGGGGGGGGGCUGUAGUUAGUGCAGCCCCAUCCCAGUAGCACCCAUGAGUGUUCCAUCACCCUUCCUAUUGGGAGCAAGCUCCAGCUGUUGGGAUGGGGGGUCUAUUCCCUUUGCUGCACCCCGGCUUUGUCCAGGGACCACCCCCCCCCAGGCAUCACCACUGGUGGACCCCCACCUCCAUCCAGAUCAUCCUGCGAUGGGUGAUGGGGUGCACGGUGAUGGGUGAUGUGAUGCACAGCGAUGGAUCACGGGUGCACUGGGUGAUGGGAUGCACUGGGUGAUGGGAUGCACUGGGUGAUGGGGUGCACUGGGUGAUGGGGUGCACCCUUUCUUCCCCCCCCCCCAAACCCUCCCCACUGCCCAUCAGGCUGGUUUCUCUGUGAGCGUAUGUGUCUCUGCGUGCGUGUGCGUCCGUCCCUUCAUGGCAUCACGCAAACCCUCCGCGAGCACUGACCCCGGUGCCGGCGCUGAAGCAAAGAGGACAUAAACCAAACCCUUCCUUCUGGUUGAGGAGAGAUAAAAAAUAAAAAAACCACAGAAAAGGACCAAAAAAAAAAAAAAGAGGAAAACAUUGCAAAAAUGAUCCAAAAAAAGAAAAAGAGAAGAAGAAACCCAAGCGCUGCCUGCAUCGUGCAUGUGUCGGAGGCGCCCGCUGCAUGCGCACCCCGCUUUACUGUCUGGAUGUUGUUUAAGAAAAAGGUUACUUGUAAAAGGACAAAAAAAGAAAAAAAACAUAAAAAAAAAAAGAGAAAAAAAAAAAAAUCUAUUCCUCCUACUCUUUAGAAGCUGUUUUUGGGGUUUCUACGACGUCGUGUGUCUCCGCAUGAAUUUUUCUCGUGAACUGUUUUAAAAGCAAAA